AUGCAAAUCGCUUCCGACCCUGCCACCCCGCCAAGCCUGAUUCCAUGGAUUCGUACUAAACUCAUAAUGGGCAACGAAACAGAAGAUUCAAAGGUCCCUGUUGACGAGAAUGUUCAACAUGGAGAGACACUCAAUUUGGGUCUCCAUCGUAAUUUGAAGAACCGCCAUAUACAGCUCAUUGCCAUCGGGGGCUCCAUCGGAACUGCCCUCUUCGUCAGCAUUGGGAAUGGCCUAGGUGCUGGCGGACCAGCAAGUCUACUCAUUGCCUAUACCCUUUACUGCAUGAUCUUAGCAGCGGUCAACAACUGUCUGGCAGAAAUGACUGUACUGCAUCCCAUAAGCGGUGGCUUCAUUCGCCUCGCUGGUAAAUGGGUAGACGAUGCGGUUGGGUUCAUGGUUGGGUGGAAUUUCUUUAUAUAUGAGGCACUUAUGAUACCGUUUGAGAUUACGGCGAUCAAUCUCAUCUUGAGUUAUUGGAGAGAUGACAUCCCGGUGGCGGCUGUCUGUGCUGUCUGUAUAGUGCUCUAUGCUCUUUUGAAUAUCCUUGCUGUGACCGCCUAUGGAGAAGCCGAAUUUUGGCUAUCAUCCGGCAAGGUCAUUCUAAUAUUCAUGCUUUUUUGCUUCACCUUCAUCACCAUGGUGGGUGGUAACCCGCAACACGAUGUGUACGGAUUCAGAAAUUGGCAAGAUCCCAGUGCCUUCGCCGAGUAUCGCACAGCAGGAAAUCUUGGUCGCUUCCAGGGAUUUCUAGCAGCUGUAUGGUCUGCUGCAUUUUGCAUUGUCGGUCCUGAGUAUAUCUCAAUGACGGCAGGUGAAGCGGCUUAUCCACGAACCUUCAUCAAGACGGCCUACAAAACGAUAUACUAUCGCUUCGGGCUCUUCUUCAUUCUCGGAAGUCUGUGUGUAGGCAUCGUCGUGUCUUUCAAAGACCCUACUAUCCAAGCUAUCCUAGCAGGCGAAAGCUCCAAAACGGGUGGUGGAAGUUCUCCUUACGUGAUUGCAAUGAAAAAUCUGGAAAUCGCAGUGCUUCCGGAUAUUGUCAAUGCGUUGUUGAUAACUUCCGUUUUCUCGGCCGGAAAUACUCUGACAUAUUGCGCGACUAGAUCCUUGUAUGGACUUGCGCUUGAAGGACGCGCCCCGAAAAUCCUCUCAAAAACGACAGGAAAGGGUGUGCCAAUCUACGCCUUUAUCGUGGUUCUCGCAUUCCCUUUUCUUUCCUUUCUCCAGCUCUCUAAUAAUUCAUCUGAGGUUCUGAACUGGCUAGUCAGUUUAGUAACAGCAGGUGCAUUGAUCGAUUAUCUUAUUAUCUGCAUAACGUUUAUUCAGUUCUAUCGCGCAUGCAAAGCUCAAGGUUUUGACCGGCGGACCUUUCCAUAUUUUGGAUACUUUCAGCCAUAUUGUGCCUGCAUCGGCGUGGCAGCAAUGGGUUUUGUCCUCAUUUUCUACGGAUAUACGGCAUUUGACCCUUGGAGCGUUGAGAAAUUCUUCCAAAACUACACAAUGCAGCUUGUCGCUCCCGUACUUUAUCUAGGAUGGAAGUUGAUUCAUAAGACCAAGGCGGUUAGCCCCAGCGAGCUUGACCUGGUCUGGGAAAUACCACUUAUCGAUGCUUACGAGGCUUCGUUGCCUGAUAACCCUCCCACAUUUUGGCAAGAAAUGCAUGAGAUGAUCGGAAUCAAAAGGAAAGGCACCAAGGAUUCCGACGCUUAG